ACUCGAAAAGGCUAACAAAUUCAUCACAUUCUCCCAACAUCUUAUUAACCAACGCAUUUUUGUUUCUUAAAAAAGGUGUAUCAUGUGUGAAUUUGUAUUACUUUAGAAGAGGAGAAGUCAAAAGUGAAAGAGAAAUCCCAGUAGCACGAAAAUGUUCACCAACGCGUUACCCCUAAGAAACUUAAAAAUUUUAUUAGUAGUAUCAUGAAUCCUCAGAUCAUAACACAUUUCAUGAGUUGAAAGAAAAGCAAACCCCAGUUUCUUCUCGUGAAGCUUCAACACAAUGGCGGCGAAGUCCUCAAAGCCAAACCGGAGUCGUUUCAUGCUCUCAUGCUUCAUAUUCAUCUUCUUCCUCUGCGUGUUGGCUUCAAUAAACGAAGUUCGAUUCAACGGCAUACUGAAGUUCCGUCGCUGUGUCCUCUCAAACGAAUCUCUCCCCGCACACUCUUCCACCUCCAACGAAGACGACAACCUUCGAAUCCUCAUCUCCGUUCUCACCCUCCCCGACCAAUACCUACGACGACACUUCCUGCGCCUCGUGUACGGAACACAAACGGUAACAGAGGGCGCGAAAGUCGACGUGAAGUUCGUGUUCUGCAACCUGACAAAAGAGGACCAAAAAACCCUGGUGGCUUUAGAGAUCAUGCGCUACAACGACAUCAUCAUCCUGAACUGCACCGAGAACAUGAACAAGGGAAAAACCUCGACGUUCUUCAGGAGCCUGCCCGAGAUUUUCAACGAAACGGAGGGUCCCUACCCGCCCUACCACUACGUCAUGAAAGCAGAUGAUGACACGUACGUGAGGCUCAACAGUUUGGUGCGGUCGUUGAGGCCGUUGCCCAGGGAGGAUUUAUACUAUGGGUUCGUGAUACCGUGCGGAAGCAUGGACCCCUUUAAGCACUACAUGUCGGGGAUGGGGUUUGUGGUGUCGUGGGACAUUGUGGAGUGGAUCCACGGUUCGGAUAUUCCUAGGAAACACGUGGAGGGUCCUGAGGAUAAGGUGUUUGGAGAUUGGAUGCGAUGGGCUCGACGUGGAAACAAUAGGUACAAUGCUAAGUGGUCUAUGUACAACUAUCCUGAUCCACCUUCGGUCUGUAGCCACGAGCUUUGGAAUGAUACUAUUGCGGUUCAUUUGUUGAAGAAUCAAGAGAAGUGGGUUCGGACUCUUACGUAUUUCAACCACACUGAUUCUUUGAAGCCGUCCAAGAUGUACCAUAUACCUUAGCCUUUAGCUCAUCGAUCUUAUUAGUUAAUCUUUGCUUUACAGUACACUAUUUUUUUAUUUUUAUUUUUUUUAUAUGAUGAGAUGAUAGUGACAUCAGAUUUCAUUU